AUAGCGCCGAUUCCCACUCGGUCUCACUAUUUCUUGGCGAGCACCGUAUUCCCGAUGCCCCACUCCCUCUUUGUUCCUCUCACCGGUGCUUCUCAAUUUUGAGGCGUUUAAUAAUGGCGGAGAACAGCAACAGCAUGGGGGAGAGCGACAAAGAUGGAUCCGCCUCCUCUCCCGCGGUCGAGAGAAAUCUUCCUAGGGCAAGCACAAUGCCUAAAGGGACAAAAUAUGCUGAAAAAUCAGAGACUUCCUCAGAAGGACCAAAUCUAGAAAGGUCCAAAACUGAGAAACAUGGGCAAAAUAGUCCACAUGAUGACCCAACAGCCCAAUUAUUUGACGACAAGAUUCCUGACAAACAAAAGACGUUAAAUCAAAUAGCUACAGUGAAGGAUGAUGGGACUGUUGUGGUAGAUGUUCCAAGCAAUUUUGAAACCAAAUCAAUAAAUUUGAGAUCUGAGAAUAUAUAUGGUGAAGCAGUUGAUGAAGAGCCAGUAGAUUUGCCUGAUCUACAGUAUCGACCUCCGAUGCAAAUAGUCAUUCUUAUUGUUGGGACACGAGGUGAUGUGCAACCAUUUGUUGCUAUUGGAAAACUUUUGCAGGCCUAUGGUCAUCGUGUUAGGCUGGCAACUCAUGCAAAUUUCAGGGAAUUUGUUUUAACUGCUGGCUUGGAGUUUUAUCCUCUAGGUGGAGAUCCAAAAAUUCUUGCUGAAUAUAUGGUUAAGAAUAAAGGUUUCUUACCUUCUGCACCAUCGGAGAUACCUAUCCAACGGAAUCAGAUUAAAGAAAUUAUAUUUUCCUUGCUUUCAGCUUGUAAGGAUCCUGAUAUUGGCACCGAUGUUCCGUUCAAAGUCGAUGCUAUAAUUGCAAAUCCACCCGCAUAUGGAUCAUUGGGUAAGAGCUGCUGCUUAGGCUCUCUGUUGCAAACAAUGUAUAUACCAACUGAUUCAUGAUGGUCUUUUGAGGGU